AUGGAGUUCCAGACAACAGCCGAGGCCAGCAGAAGCGGAGUGCGUCCAUCCAACGCACCUAUCAGGGGACGCCCACAGCUGUCAUGUACACCAUGCAAGCGCAGAAAACUCAAAUGCGAUAGGGCUAGGCCCUGUGACAAUUGUAUUAAACGCCGCGAAGCAGAUACCUGUGUGUAUCCCACUAAUGGAUCAACAGCCCGCGACCAGACGCGGGAGUCUAAAAAGACAAAGAAGCGCAUUGAGCGACUCGAGUCGCUGGUCAUGGAACUUCUGGAUAGAGGUUCAUUGAAUCACGAAGGUCUGUCAGAAGGUCCAUCGACGACUAGAGAUUAUGAAAGCCAUGCACAUCAUCACCUGCCUCAUCAUGCAUCAGAGACUGGCCAUGAGACCGACAGUUCCCCUGCUCAAGGUGAAGUUCCUCCUGUGCGUCGGGUACCAAAUUUAGCUGCUAGCAGCUCGUCGUCUUCUCUAUGGGAAACUGUCCUUCAAGAUAUUGGCGAAAUCAAGUUAUACUUUGAAGAACACGAAUCGGAGUUCGAAAAACAACUUGACAAAGUCGAGGAUGCGAGAAAUCCUUCAGCGGAGCCUUAUGUGCUCGAAGGCAGCCCCGGUAAAUGGGAUAUUGACACAUUUGCUCACGAUCUGCCGCCACGUCCAGUAAUGGAUUUGCUUGUUGCAAACUAUUUUGGUGCAUCGAGUCUCAUUAGACCUAUCCUUCAUCCGAAGAAAUUCCUUCGUCAGUAUGAGAAAUUCUGGCAAGAUCAGUACAGCGUUUCAAAGUCGUGGUUGGGUACCUUAUUCGUCAUCAUGAGAACUGCAAUCCACACGGCUCGACAAGCCGGCCUUGAUCUCUCAGCUACCCUUGGAGAUAUGGAUGAAGCUCAAACACUGUUUCGAAUGCGUACCAAGCAGAUAUUAAUGACGGAGUUACAUGCUAAACCAACCCUAGAGAGACUUACAUUGCUAGCAAUGCACCUAGAUGCCGAAUUCAUUCAGUGCCAAGACACAAGCAUAGCCGUCUGGAUCAAUGUUGCUACUGCAGUUCGCAUGGCACUGAAACUCGGCCUCCACCGUGAACCUUCUUCUUACGGCGAUCUUUCGCCUUUUGAAUGCGAGAUGCGUCGACGUCUUUGGCUGGCCAUCUCACAGACGGAUGUACUCCUAUCAUGGCAGGUAGGACUGCCAAGUAUGAUCCCUCAAGGUCAAUGCGAUACGAUGCUUCCUAGAAACCUUCACGAAGACGAUUUCGACGAAGAUUGCACUGCUCUCCCUGCGCCCCGACCAUGGAACGAGAUGACCAAAAUAUCUCCAUUCCUGGUCAAGGCGGGACUCCUUCGAGUAUUCACAAAGAUUGCCUCGCAUAUACAGGACAUCCAUCCAAAAGACUCCGACGUUCCAAUCCUUGAGCGAGAGCUUUACGCCGAGAGAGAUGCGCUGCCUGCCAUGUUCAAGGUUAAGUCCAUGCAGGAGUCUUUACUGGACCACCCGGCCAUGAUAAUGCGGCGCAUAUCAAUUGACCAGACAUUGCACAGUGGCCUGUGCGUGCUUCAUCGGCGACUUAUGCCACUUGCUCGUUCCAACCCGCAAUAUAGCCAUUCGCGGAAGGUCGCUAUCGACGCCGCCUUAACGUUGCUUAAUUACCAAGCCAUAUGCCACUAUGAAAGUGGUCCAACCGGCCGCUUAGCAGGUCACAAAUGGCUAUCAACCUCUGUUAUCCGCCAUGAUUACCUCCUCGCAGCUAUGUUGAUAUGUCUAGACUUGAAACAGGGUGUCGAUGAGACCACACACCCUUCCUCUAGCGAUAUUAUCUUGUGGGGUCAUGAUCGGCGUGAGGAAAUGAUGGCCGCAUUGGAAACUUCGUACCAUGUCUGGCGCGCAUCGAAGGAUACUUCCAUUGACGCUUUCCGUGCAAGCGAGGCUGUGGCCGUUCUUCUGAAAAAGAUUAGAAGUGCAGAGAGCACCGUUCAGAGCUCAGAGACUACAGUUUCAUCCAUGCCAUCCGUGGAAUCCCUCGAAAUCUCACCCGAGCAAUUUGUACCCAUUGAAACAGAUCCAUACAACCUCACAUUACCAUUCUCAGAAAUGGUUGCUUCCCCUGGAGCUAUCGAUUGGGUCGAAUUCGAUCGCUACGUCCUGGGCGGCAAUGUCCCCAUGAACACGUAGUUACUCGUACAUAGUGAGUGGUACUUUACACAGUUCAUGAUUUAUGGUUCGCUCUUUUAGGAACGGUGAGAGUAUUCAAAGUUUAGGCUACGAAAUUGGAUUAGGAUCUUGUUAAUACCUUGUAUGUAUCAACGACACCGGGCUGGGGAAAGAUUGUUGUAAAUACUUCUGAUGUUUUGGAUAGGUGGUAUGCGUAUCUAUUUAUUUGGUAGGAUGAACUUUAUUGAAUAUGUUUCAUUAUAUUUCUCUAUCUAUCUCCUUCAUAAGGUUUUUCCUCAAAUGAGUGAUAAUGAACAAAUUGUUAAUACAUCCCGGAGCAGGACUGAAGAAAAGAGCUAUACAUAGGUUACAGGUGAAAAGUAGACAGUAAAAGAAACAGCCAGCAACACCAAAUGAUAUCAGAUGACCUCUUUCGGGAGAUGUAGUAAAACUAGAAAGGAAAUAAUAACACAGUCCUAAAUGAACAGAUGCAUGCUUAUGAGGGGACGAGAAAGGAAAGGGAAAGGCAACUAUUUCCUAGCUUUCGACUUCUUGACUGGCUUUUUCGACGUUGCCACCUCCUUUCCCUUUUGUCGCCAUGAUUGAGCAGCAUUCGCCUGCUGCUGAGCGAUAAAAGCUUCGUAUUCCUGGACACGUCUCCGAUUGCGUUCAGCCAUUUCAUGGGCAUCUUCAAUCUCUCUCUGCGCUUUAUAAGAUUCGGCACUUCGCUUCUCCGCCGCAGACAAACGUGGAGGAGCUGCCGGGGUUCCGUCGUAGUUCUUCUCAUCCGGUUGUGAGUAGCUGUUGACUUUGUCGCUCAUUUCCUUCUUCAUUGUGGAGAACUCCUUCUUGGCGUUGUUGACCAUUUUGUCGACAAGGCUGAUAUUACCGGAUUUUGUGGAAGCUCCUGAUACCUCACCUCUUUGUUCGUCGACUCUUUUUUGCAUUUGAGACAAGAAUUCUUGUUGGAUCAUUCGAAGGCUGUCUUGUUUCUCUCCAUUGGCGGGUGGUUUGUAGAUUGGCGCGAUUCCCAGAAGUUUGCGUGUAAUGGGAGUGUUAAAGAGAUAUGCCUGGCCUAGCGAAAAGAGACCGCUAGCCGCGAAAUACAAUUGCAAGCCGGCCGGCUGCCACGCAAUGAACAAAAGAGAUAUGGCUGGUAGACCAAUUGUGAGGCCUCUACCUAGAGCAGUGGAUCCCGUCCCACUUAAACCAGAGUCUACUCCUUUCU